AUGGCACUAGGCAACCUCCCUGCCUUGAGCAGCUCACUUGAGCUGGAUGGUCUUCAGAGAAAGCACAGGGUGGGGGACCGAGGAAGCGCUGUCUCACACUUUUCUUGUCUCCCUGCUGUGCUGCAGCUCCUGAUCGCUCGCCGGAGAAGAACCAGCUGCUACUUCUACCCCCGCGCCUGGCCCAGUGUCAGGAGCACAGACUGGUGGGAGCGUGUGGUACUGAAGGAGUUUGGGCCCCAGGACUGGCUGGAGAAGUUUCGGAUGUCCAAGGAGACCUUCUUCUAUGUCUGCAACCAGCUGCGGCCCGGGCUGGCUCCGCACAGCGCCCACUUCCACCCCACCCUGCCCCUGGAGAAAAGGGUGGCUGUGGCCCUGUGGCACUUGGCCACCAACGUGGAGUAUCAGACUCUCAGCCCGCUCUUUGGUGUGGGGCCCUCCACAGUGCAGACGUGUGUCCGGGAAGUUAGCUAUACCAUUGUCUUGCUGCUGAAGCCCCUCUACCUCCGACUGCCCCAUGAAAAGGAGCUGGAGAACAUGGUGCGCAUCUUCCGCACCCGCUGGGGCUUCCCACACUGCAUUGGCGCCCUGGACAGCCUUCACAUCCCCAUCCACCCGCCCCUGCGCCUCAGCGCUGACUACUGCAACGGCCAGGGCUGGCACUCCAUCCUUACGCAGGCCACCGUGGACGGGCUGGGCCAGUUCUGGGAUGUCUCCACCGCCUUCCCCGGCAGCAUGGAGAACAGCGCAGUCCUGGAGAGCUCCAGCCUGUGGGUGCUGGCCAAGGAGGGACGGUUGUGCCCCAACCCUCCCAAGCAUUUCAUGGGGAAGGCGCAGAAGUACGUGUUGCUGGGCGAUGCCACCUAUCCCUUGCAAGACUGGAUCCUCAAGCCCUACCAGGAAGACGAGAACCUCACCCAGCGGCAGCUGCAGUUCAACUACCGCCUGAAGCGGGCACACAGCGUCAUCGAGAACGCCUUCCUGCGCCUGAAGGCACGCUGGCAGAUCCUCCUGAAGUGCGAUGACUGCAGCCUAGAGCUGCUGCCCACCCUCGUCCUUGCCUGCUGCAUCCUGCACAACAUCUGCGAAGCUCAUGACAACCCCUUCAACAAGGAGUGGCUGGAGGGCACUGAGCCAGCUGAGCUGCCCAAGCCCUGCCAGCCUGCGCCUGCUGCCAUGGAGGACGGCCGGGCCGAGCAAGUGCGUGAGCUGAUGUGCCAGUACUUUGAGAGCUGUGGGGAGGGCUGACGUGGCCAGGGGGAGAAGAAGCCCUGCGC